AUGCAAAAACAGCAACAAACGAGCUUUGAUAUCAAUAAAUGGACAUCUAAUGAUUUAAUUGAUUACAUUAAGGAUCACGGUGGUGUCUUUGACGAUAAAAAGGACAAAUGGAGUUUAGAAGAGUUAAAAAAACAAUUUUAUGACCUAACAAAUUCAGACAACAAUAAAAAUAGCGGUUGGUUCCAUACCAACAAUUUGAAAGGUGAGAGCUAUUUAUCAAGUUGUGGCAAUUCCAUUUAUGAUUGGUUGUUUGAUUCAUGGGACGUUUCUGACUUGAAAAAGUUUUUAAAUGAAAACAAAAUUAAUUUAGACUCAAACGACAAAACAACCUUGCUUGAGGCAUUAAAGAAAAAUUCAAAGAAAAUUUCUGAUAAUUUGGGGACUGCAGGGUAUUAUAUGAGCGAUAAGUAUCUAAAUAGUUGGUCAGUUGAUAGUUUAAAAAAUUGGUUGAACAAGUACAAAAUCAAAUUUGAUCAACAACUUGAUGAUAAACAAAAAUUGGUAGAAUUGGUGAAGGCUAAUAUUUAUCAAGUUAGUGAAAAUACACAGAACCAAAUUUAUGACUUUUACAAAUCUUUAGACCUUGGUCAAUAUUCUGAUCUAUUUAAUAAGGAUGGCGCAAUUAACGCAGAUGUUUUUAGCAGAUGGUCUGCACAGGAUUUGCAGAGAUGGUUAGAAUACCAUGAUAUUGCUUUGCCUAAAAAUAAGCUGGAUUAUAACAGUCUAGUUUCUGUUGCUUCCAAGCACGCAUCUUUGCUAAAAAAUGAUGUGAAUUGGUAUACAGAAUACUCCAAAGACAAGGCCUCACCCAUUAUCUCUAAGUCAAAGGACCAAAUUUCCGAUGCCUGGGGAUAUAUUCGGGACAAAAUCUCAAAUGUCAAUGAUGAUAACGUGAUUAAUGACACGUUUUUCGUGGGGCUAGACUCUUGGCCAAUUGAAAGAAUCAAGUCCUUUUUAAAUAUCCGUGGUGUUGAAUAUAACAAAGACAGUUCAAAAGAAGAAUUGAUUAAUUUGUUGAAAACUAAUAAAAAUAAGAAGAUUAUCAAAGGCAUCAAAAAAAAUGAUGGUGAACAGCAAGUUUUGUCAGAUUUAUUCAAAGGUUGGAACUUGGAUAACAUCAAGAGCUGGGUUGGCGAGAGUGUCGCUUCUGGUUAUGAUGACAUUCAAGAUAUAAUUGAAAGCGGGAACAACAAAUUGUAUGAUUUGAUUGGUGUAGUUAAAGAAAAGAAAGAUGCAGUUGUGACUUCUGUUGAUCAAGAUAAUAUCAAGGCUAUUUGGGAGAAAACGUUUGAUUCGUGGACAAACGAUGACUUAAAGGAAUAUUUGAAAAGUUUUGGCGUCUUGCCUUCUUCAAGUAGAAAGGAUUUAAUUAAAAAGGCAACUGACAAUACUUUGUUAUAUUUGACUGGUGAUAGGUACACUACAAGCGGGAGGACCUCAAAGGGUUUGUUUGAAAGGAUUAAAUCUGAUUUGAGUGGUUUUACUCCAAAAUUUGUCAAAAAUUAUCUUACUAAUAACACCCCCUGGUAUAACAGAAUCUGGUAA